ACUUGGAUCAAUCGGAUAGUGCUUAGGCUGAGAGAGGUUCGCGUAUACUGAGUGGAGUAAUUGUCCUGGUAAAGAUCUCGCCGGGCAUCAUGAAAGUUCAAUUAGCAGCGCUGUCCCCUUUCUGCGUGUCCUUCAUUUGCCAAUUGCUGGUCGCUGUUUCUGCUGGAGAAGCGUUUGGAAAGGGUUUUGGAGAUCAUAUUCACUGGAGGACACUAGAAGAUGGGAAAAAGGAGGCAGCAGCCAGUGGAUUGCCUCUCAUGGUAAUCAUUCACAAAACCUGGUGUGGCGCUUGCAAGGCUUUAAAACCAAAGUUUGCAGAAUCUAAGGAAAUCUCAGAGCUUGCCCAUAACUUUGUGAUGGUCAAUCUAGAGGAUGAAGAAGAACCCAAGGAUGAAGCUUUUAGCCCUGAUGGUGGUUACAUUCCCAGAAUCCUUUUCAUGGAUCCCAAUGGAAAAGUCCAUCCAGAGAUUAUAAAUGAGAGAGGAAACCCCAGCUAUAAGUAUUUUUAUACCAGUGCUGAGCAAGUCAUCCAAGGAAUGAAGGAAGCCCAAGAGAAGCUGACAGGUGAUGCUUUCAAGAAAAAACAUCUUGGAGAUGAAUUAUAAUACACUGGAGAUCUGUUUUAUAUAGGCUCAGAAUCUAAAAUAAGAUAUGAAUCUUUAUCCUCCCUAACUUUUUCAGAUGAGGAACUGUAGCUGCACUGAAAAAAAAACUUUUCCUAUUGAUACCACAAGAUCAAAUGCUGUCUAAUUUUCACACAAUGAAAUCAAAUAAAGCAUGAUGUCCUCUCUUGUUUACAUUUAAAUGCCUAUUUAUAAGCGAAAUAAAGCUAACACAGUAACUAAUGAACAAAUGAAUAAGUGCUUCAACCGCAACAACAUGACAAAUCAGAGUUUCAAUGGAAUUUAAGACUUAACUCUUCUUAAAUUACAUUUUUCUAUAUUAAGAAAAGGCUGAUAUGUGAUUUAUAACGAGGACAUUAAUUUUAUAGAAUAAUCUUUGACUAUUAUAAAUAUGCUUACAACUCUUGGUCAUUUCAGUAGGAAUUUCAUCAUCAGGAAGUUUAGGACCACAAUCAAUGAUUUUGCUGUUACUAUUUAAUAUGAACUAGAGCCCCAAGCAUGAGCCUCAACCAAACCACAUACACUAAACUGAUCAUUCUGCCAUGAAUACCAUAAGUAGACUUAUUUUCCUGCCUGCUCAAGGAGUGUCAUGAAGAAUAUUGGACGUUCAAGUACAUGUGUUCUGUUUCCCCUUAUAUAUUGCCUGUUGUCCCUUCUGACUGCAUUUAGCCACAAACAUUGCUUUUACAUUUGUGCAUUAAUCUUUUAGUUCUUUUGCAAAAGGAAGAAAUAACAUAUUUAAAUAUUUUGUGUGAAAAUCUGUCAUGCUGAAUGUUCUUGGUGGAUGCCUUAUAUCAUCAUAUUGUACUGUAUUUUUGUACCAGGGUAAACAAUAAAAUUGAUUUUUAAUUUUU